UUAAAGUAAAAUGGUGUGGCUAGCUAUCCACUAAGUAGUCUGGCUAACGUUCGCUAGCAAACUAGAACAUAUAUUUUCAGUCUAGGAAAAGUAUAGCUGGCUAGUUUCUUGUUUUAGCACACCAUUGACAUGACAACCGAUGUUAUGGCUUGUGAUGAGUUAAUUAACAUAGAUGUUGACACCAUUGCACCCCAUGUUUUUAAACAAGAGAAACCCCAACUUUCUGCAACUUUACGAAGGUACUACUCAUUCUGUAAGAGGAGGGUUAGUGUAACAAACGUAACGCUAGCUAUCGUUUCUUUUCUUAGUAGCUAUGUCAUAAUGAAAACAUCUCUUAUCUUGCAGACAUUUGGUACAUUCGUGGCAUCCAAAAUAGCAUUAUGUCAUGAGGCAGAGUCUCCAACAACAGUUUGGUAUUGCUGUGGCCAGACCUUUAAGGAACCUCCUUCUAUCCACAAACCUGUGGCAAGGAAUCAUGACACUGACAUUCAGAAGCUUACCCAGUCCACAUUAGAGAUUUUACUGAGCCAGAUUGAGAAAGAAGCCGCUUCACAACAACAAUCAACAGAGAAAGAGCCAGUUGACAUUUUCUCCUGGAUACCUGACACCAGUCACAUCACCGAUGGCCAACUACACAAGUAGGGCUUACUCGUGGGAUCUUUCAGUGUUGAAUCAUUACAGUGGAUCUUAUAGUACUCCGAAAUUAAUACCUUCUCAUGCUCUGUUUCUUUUCAUCUGUAAAGUGGCCCAGGUGAGGUUCUUCUGCUCUACUGCUACUGUCCGCUGGCAGAUCCACAGCUCAUCUGUGCUUGGCAGAAGAACCUCACCUCAACUCCAGUUAACUGGCAAGGUAAUGGAAUGACAGAAUCCUGGCUUAUAAAAAUAUGAUGAUUUUCAUUUUUAUAAUUCAGUACUUCAUUCAGUUAUCAUACCAUUUCUACAGGUGAGGGUGGCAACAGAGGGGAUCAAUGGUAUAGUUAGAGGCAGAAAAGUGGCGACGGACUUGUACAUCAAGGCAAUGUGCUCCCAUCCCAUCUUUAAGAUAAUGGAAAAAUAAGACUUUAAGGUAGAAACAACAACAUCAAAUCAAAUGAUUUGUCACAUGCGCUGAAUAAAACAUGUGUAGACUUUACCAUGAAAUGCUUACUUGUGAGCCCUUUCCCAACAAUGCAGAGUUCAAAAGUAAGAAAAAUUAACAAAAAAAGAAAUAGUAAUACAAUAAAAUAACAAUAACGAGGCUAUAUACAAGGAGUAUCGGUGCCAAGUCAAUGUGCAGGGGUACGACGUAAUUGAGGUAAUAAGUACAUGUAGGUAGGGGUAAAAGUGACUAGGCAAUCAGGACGGAUAAUAAACAGAGUAGUAGCAUCGUAUGUGAAGAGUGUGUCUGUGUGAGGGUAUGUGUGUGGCGUCAAUAUGCGUGUGUGUGUGUUUUGGGUGCGUUGGAGUGUCAGUGUAGUAUGUGUGGGAAGAGUCCGGUGAGUGUGCAUAGAGCCAGUGCAAGAAUGUCAGUGGAAAAAAAAAAUAGUCCGGGUAGCCAUUAGAUUAACUGUUUAGCAUUCUUAUGGCUUGGGGGUAGAAGCUGUUCAGGAGCCUUUUGGUCCCAGACUUGGCACUCUGCUACCGCUUGCCAUGCAGUAGCAGAGAGAACAGUCUAUGACUUGGCUGUAGUCUUUGACAACAGAGAAAGGCUUGGGGUAAGGUUUACAAAUGUUUCUCUGUGAUCCAUUCACUAUCGUUUUCAAUGUCUCGUUAGACCAGUGAUGGGGGCGCAGAAUGUUUCUCUGACCAUCGAGUUGAGUCUACAAGGAAAUAGUGCCAAUGGGAAUGGACCCUGAUGCCCUCUCCUACAGACUAGCAGGUAGGCAUAUAACAUUUGUCUCGUGUAUGUCUGCGUUGGAUAUGUUAUUUGACGUAAUGGAACCAGUAACUGGUAAUGGUUGAAUAUGGCCCUGAGUUAAGCCUCUGUUUUUUCCACUUAGGUACUCACCUGGAACCUGAAGAAUUCCACAAAGAAGUGGAGGCUCUUUUGUCUAAAGGUGACUCUUGCAAUGAUACAAUACUGCUGGACUGCCGGAACUUCUACAAGAGUAAAAUUGUAAGUAUUGGAUUUGACUGCAUAUCUCCACUGUGUUCUGUAUGUAUAUUUGUAUUUAUCAUAUAGAGUAAUAAUAAUGUCAGUUUAAUAUAGCAAAUCUUUUUUGCCUUUGAGGGGCAGUUCAGCCAAUGUUUGGCCCCCAACAUCCAAAAAUUCAGUUAUUUCCCCGAUUAUGUUGACCAGAACCUUGACCUCUUUCGAGACGAAGGUCCUGAUGUACUGUACCGGUGGCAUUCGCUGUGAACACGGCUCAGCCUAUCUCUGCUCAAAAGUAAGCUUACCUUUCAGGUUUUGCACAGUGACAGUAUCUCAUUGAAACAUGACAAAUAUGCUUCAUCCAACCCAAAAGCUCAACCUAAACAAAUGUUUAAAAGUAUGUUCGAUCCUACUUCCAGGAUUUGUGUAAGGAUGUUUAUCAGCUGAAAGGUGGCAUUCAUAAGUACGUGGAACAAUUCCCUGAGGGCAUCUAUCGCGGCAAACUUUUUGUGUUUGACGAGCGCUAUGCCAUCUCCUCCAACAGUGACAUCAUCUCAGGUCGGUAUAAACUGUGAAUUGCCCUUAGGACUUUCUGAUUAGCACAAUGCUUUUUUAUGCAAGAAGUAGUCUAGUUUAUGUGCUUAUUAUGUGCCAACCCAAAGAAAAGGUUAAUUCCUGUUAGAACGAGAGACCUGUUCAUCAACAUUCCUCUCCCCUUCCUCUUCUCUGUGUGCAGAGUGCAGAUAUUGCAGCUCACCGUGGGACCAGUACCAGCUGUGCUCCACCCAUUUCUGCUGCCAGCUGGUCAUUUCCUGCUCUCACUGCAGACAGGGGGGCCACACUGCCUGCUGCCCCACCUGCCAGACCAAGGGCCAGGGAGAAGAGCCCUCCACCACACCUACACAGAAAGAGGAGUGCGAGUGUACAGACGGGCAGCCCAGGAUCCCCCAGGAUGCAUUGUGAUGUUUUAAAACAUUAAACAGCGCUAAGCAGAGACCUUACCUGGAACUUUACCCUCAUGGUUUUGACAAUCCUGGUUCAACAGACCCAAAUGUGGUUGUGGUGACAAACAGCUCGUGUCUAUUUCAAUUAAAGGAAUCCUCAACAUCUG